GUCCGCUAUCUCCUCCUUUAUUUCCAGUCUUCAGCACGACUCCAUCAUUUAGUUUGGACUCUUUUAUUAGGGACAGAAAACACAAGUGUCCGGACUGAAUUGAGUCUCCACUGUUCUCGUGACGGGCUUAAGGACAUCCGGGUUCACAGGAUUUCUCCAAUUAUUGAAUCACUCCAUUCAGCGAAGGUCUCUGAGAAAACUAUGGCAGAAGAAGCUCCAGCUCCCGCUGCCGCUCCGGCCAAAGCGGCCAAGAAGAAGGCCCCUACGCCAAAGAAAAAUGGACCGAGCGUCGCUGAGCUCAUCCUUCGAGCCGUGGCCACGUCCAAAGAGCGGAGCGGCGUGUCGUUGACUGCCGUGAAAAAGGCUUUGGCUGCCGAAGGCUAUGAUGUGGACAAGAACAGGUCUCGCGUCAAUACUGCCGUCAAGAGCCUGGUUGUCAAGGAGUCUCUGGUCCAGACGACGGGAAACGGAGCCUCCGGAUCCUUCGAAAUGAAUAAGAAGGUUGCGGAGAAGAAGCCAGUAAAGAAAGCCGCUCCUAAAGCCAAGAAACCUGCAGCGGCCACGAAGCCCAAGGCAGCUGUAGCUAAGAAGGCAGCAGCUCCAAAGAAGGUUAAGAAACCCGCAGCAGCUUCUAAGAAAGCUGCAACCAAGAGCCUCAAGAACAAGAAGACCACCAAGAGCCCCAAGAAGGCCAACAAGAGCCCCAAGAAGGUGGUCAAAAAGGCUCCUGCAGCUAAGAAAGCCCCCGCAAAGAAGGUCAAGCCCAGAGCCAAGAAGACCUCAGCCAAAAAGAAGUGAGCUGUGAUCACCUGAAGAGAUCAACAGGAGUAUAAAGACUCUUUUAAGAGCCACCCAAAUCUCACUGAAGAGUUUCCUCCUGCUAACUGAUGCAUGAAAGAAGUUUAUUGAAGUUGAAGGUCUGUUCUUGUAGCAGUGUUCAGACUCAAUUCAACAAUAAUAAGAGCAAUAUUGUCCCUGGCCCUGGACAUUCAUUAACAUUCAGUUAUCACUUCAUACCAUUCCUAACCAACAAGUGCAAUAUGUUGUACCCAUUGUCUUCGUUAUGCUAUGUUACUGUGCACAUUUCCCACUGUAUCAUUGGCUUUGAAAAUAUAUUGUAAAUUUAGUAAUUUA